GAAAACAUGGGGGCCAUGUAAAACUAAAAAAAAUGAGAUACAUAUAUAAUGAGAAACGUGGCUGCUGAUGAGAAACACUGUUCUUAGGGGUGAAACACAGGAGGUCGACAGUGAGUCUGCCAGUGCUGUUUCUUCUGAGGGAUUACAUGAUCUGGAAAUUGAAGAUGUUGCCCAUAAGGAAACCGAACAUACUGAAGGAGAUGAAGAGGAGUUAGGAGUUGAAGAUGUUGCACCCAAGAAAAGUGAACCUAUUCAGGAUCUCCAAAAUGAAGCUAAGGAGAUGAAGAGGUCUGAAUUAGCAAGUGGAGAUGUUGCACCAAAGGAAAGGGAACCUAUUCAGGAUUCCCAAAGUGAAGCUAAAGGAGAUGACGAGGAAUUAGCAAGUGAAGAAGUUGCACCAAAGGAAAGGGAACAUAUUCAGGAUUCCCAAAGUGAAGCUGCUUCCCAGAUGGUAAUUGUCCCUCCUCAGGAUCCCCCCUCCCCUAUGGUUGCCCCAAUUUCUAUAACCGAGUCAAACAAAGUUUUGGUCCCAGGAAAGGCGGAUGUUCCAUCUCAGAGUAGUGUUGUUGGUAAUCUUGGAGGAAGAAGGAGUAAAAGGCUUAGAACCAUAUCUAGCAAGUUGGAUGGUCGGUUUCAGUUUGACAAGAAAACAAAGUUGUUGGUAGGACACCCUUCUCCCAUCGCCUAUCUUACUAGUGGAUAUUUAGAUCCUAAAGAGCGUUUUAACCGUUCCAUGAAGAAACUGAAAGCGAUCAGGCACAUUCUCCAGACAGACGAGGUCGAUGGCGCAAAACUUCGUGCUGAUGUGCUUGAUACCAAGUCUAUCUCUCAAUUGUGCCGCCUAUAUCCGAAGUUUUUCAAAGCUCCUGUUCCUCAAGAUUUUCAGUUUCCUAAAGCUUUCGUUGAUGCUGUUUCUGGUGUUGGCGACUUCGACUAUGCUGAGCUAUUUACUGAAGUUGAUUACCUCUAUCUACCAUUCAACAUAGAUAAAAAACAUUGGGUGCCUUAUGCAUUGAUCUCAAUUGUGCCAAGAUUACCGUUCUCGAUUGUAAUGUUCAUUUGCGCACCGAUGCCAGCCUCAAGACGGAUCUUGAGCCAGUCUCCAGAAUGCUUCCUAUUCUCUUCAGACAGGGGUCUCUAAAUCCAAUCAUGACUCAGCUCUUACCUACUCCAUUUUCAAUUGAAAGGUCUCUCUGCAUCCCGCAGGUGACCGCUCAUGUUGAUGCCGGCUUGAUGACUGUUUUCCUCAUUCAUGCUCACGCUGUCGGUGGUAUGAAUGAUUGUGCUGAGUUUUCGCCUGAUUCCAUUGAAGCUGAAACCAAAAAACUUGUUUCUGCUAUAAUUCUCGCUGGUGUUCCUUACUUCACCCCUCUUUUACUGUUUGAGUAUGCACUAAAUACUUUUUUUUACU